AUGCCACUCUCGGGGGUCCUCUUCCAAGCCCUCUCUCGCCUCUCUUCCCUCCGAGCUUGUUCGGAAGAAGAACUUCGGCAGGUCUUCCGAACGUCGUUUCCGAACCUCCGCCGCGUCCGAGCCAACGUCAGCCCAUCUGGCUUGGAAUACGUGCGCCAGUGCUGGCCGAAGCUGGAGAACAUCGUGAUUGGCCACUGGGAUGGCCUGGACGAGGGUUUGGAGGCGCGCCACGUCAGCAGUUUGGUGUCCCGUUGCCCUAAAGUCGACUCGAUCGACCUCUCUUGGAGCAGGCACUGUGACUUUAACGAGUUGCCGAAGCAGCUGAGCGAUUACAAGCUGGGGAGGAUUCGCGUGCUGAACCUGCUGGGCGGGCCUGCUCCGUUAAGGGAUGACGCGUUAGAGGUGUUUGGACGGGGUGCCUUUCCGGGGCUUGAGGACCUGAGUUUCGCGAUGGCGGAUGGUGGCGUCACUGACAUGGGGAUUGCGAGUGUGGCGCGUGGGUGCCCGGCUCUGCGCGUGCUGCGCAUUGAAGACGUGGCUCACGACCUCAACGACAGCGAUGACGGGGACGCGGAUGGAGUGGCGGAUGGGGGGGUUGCUAAUCGGGAUGGCAUUGGAGACACUGAGGACGCGGUCGUGGAUGGCCCUUGGGACGCAUUUGCUGGCUCAGAAGCAGCAGCAGCAGUAGUCUCAGAGGCAACGGUAGCAGCAGCUGCAGCAGCGGCGGGCGCUGCCGAGGUUGAGCAAGUGGAUAUCGAGGGUUUGGAUGAGUAUGUGCCUUUUCCACCUGCUGCAACCGCGGGCAUAUCAGCUGCAGCCCUUGCCUCUAUUCUUGGCCCAUCUCCCCUCCCCGCGUCCUCCCCCUUCGCCCUCUCUUCUGCCUCUCCUCCUGCUGUCACUACCACCGCCGCUGCUGCGCCUGGUGUAGCUGGUAUUGCUGCUGCAGCAAACCCUCCUCCUCUAUUCGCCCCUCGUGCACCAGCACCACCGCCGCUCCCAGUCCACACAGCCUGCCCAACCUACCCGAUCACAGCCGCCGCACUGGAGAGUCUGGCUCGGCACUGCCCGAGCCUGGAGGAGCUGUGCCUGGUGCCGUCCUUCUGUGUGCACCGCAGCGGGCCCGCAAUGGAGGCGCUGGCUGCUGGAUGCAAGUCGCUGCGUGUGCUGCGACUCACUCGGUUCCUGGGACUUGGUCGAGGGGUGCUGGCUGGUGGCGAAGCAGGAGAGGGUGUGGCGCAGAGGGGUGGUGAUGGGCAGGAGGAACAGGAUGAGCAGGAGGCAGUCAAACAGGAAGAGCAGCCACAGCAGCCGCAGGUGCCUCAGCAACAGCAGCAGCAGCAGCAGCAGCAGCAGCAGGAGGUGCAGCAGCAGCAGCAGCAGGCGCAGCAAUGGGAUGGGCAGUUCUGCUCAGUCUCCCCUUGCGCUCCAUUCGUCGAUGAACCUUUGAGCUUCCCGUUGGCGGCAGACAAUGGUGGUAACCCGGAUGGUAGUAUUCUGGAUGCUGGUAGCCUGCAGGAGUGGAUGCAGUGGGAUAGCGCCCCUUCCUUGCUGCCUCACACGUUGGACGGCUUCAGCAGUGGCUGGGAGGUGGACGAUUCUCUCCUUGCGGACCUGCAGCAGUGGCAGCAGCUGCAGGAGCAGCAGCAGCCGCAGCAGCCAGGGGAGGAGGAGCAGCAGCCGCAGCAGCCAGGGGAGGAGGAGGGGGAGCAGCAGCAGGGGUGCCCGUGCCCUCUCAUUGUAGCUGGUAGCAGCAAGACCACGAGCACUGGUAGUGGCUGCACCAGCAUCGCUGCCUGCCCCAACGCCCUCCCUUGCACUAGUGGCUGCACCAGCACUUUCACCAGCACCUACACCAGCAUCAGCACCACUGGAUCCUCUCGCUCUCCCGUCUCUCCAGCUUCCCUCCUUGCGCAGCCACCUAUCCUCCCACCCCUCGCUCAGUUCACAGCACUGGAGGAGCUAGAAUUGCAGAUGUGCUCCGACAUGAUAGACAGAGAUAUGCAGGCGGUCCUAGAGGGGUGCCCCAAGCUGCGGAGGCUGGAGGUGGUGGCUAACCACCGGCUGUCGGCCCGUGCGUUUUCGCUGGGCUGUGCUGUGUGCGCUGCUGGGGGGCAGUGUGAAGUGGCUGCGGCUGGUGGGAGCUGCAGGGCGCGCGGGCGAGCGCUGGAGAGCAUGCGAGUGAUGCAGUGUGACAAUGUGGAUUCGCACGAGCUGCUGCAUGCACUCAUGCCAGCGCGCACGGCCCUCAAGGGCAUUCAGAUGACCGCCUCCUGGACCCACACCAGCCCCCCGCUGCCCCUCGCCUGCUUCUCCGCUCUCGAGUCGCUCUGCCUCGAAGUCUCUGUCGACGCUUCGUUUUCUCCCUUGCUCAGUGCUGGCUUGGCCUCCUGCCCCAACCUCAAGUUCUUCUUCCUCUCCCUCUAUGGCGCUCUGGACCAAGACACUCUUCCUCUCCCACCACACCACUACUCCCUCGCCUUCCUCUCCCAGCCCCCCGCGCUCACCUACCUCUUCCUCUCUCUCGAAGGCGUCCAGUCUGCCACUGUUCCCGCCUUAGCCUCACUCGAGCUCGCGCUGCUAGCCUCCUGCCCUUCUCUCGCGAUCCAAGAGAUUGAAUUCCGCCCCGCGCCCUGCCCGGUAGCCUCUGCUCCGCUGUGUCUAGACCUGCUUUCCCCUGAUGCUGCUCGGCUGCUCUCGCUGUCGCCAUGUCUCCGGCGGGUGACUUUAGGGGGGGUGGUGCAAGAGCCAGCGAUGGUGAAGCUUCUGAGAAGCCGCACGUUGCGCGAUGUGGUGUUUCUCACGCCGCCGGACUGCUCUGACACGUUCCGGAGCUUCUUUGAGUCGGUUCUCAAGUCGAGGGGGUAUUCGGAUCAGCCAAGGGGUGGGGUGGAGUGCGGUUUGGAUGUUUGUGUCAUGACUGGUUGUGCUGAGGUUUGA